CCUGCGCGCUGCAUCCCUUCUCCCACGUGACUCAGCGGGAAGAUGGCGGCGCCCGCAGGCAGGCGUGUGCGGCGCUGAGCGCGGCGGGACCUUCCCUUGCGGCGACCGAUUUCUGUCGCUGCCAUGUCGCGACUUAUCGUGAAGAACCUCCCCAAUGGGAUGAAAGAAGAUCGCUUUCGGAAGCUGUUUGGUGCCUUUGGCACACUGACUGAUUGUUGCUUGAAGUUCACCAAGGAGGGCAAGUUCAGGAAAUUUGGCUUCAUUGGCUACAAGUCUGAAGAGGAAGCUCAGACAGCACUGAACCACUUCAACAGAAGUUUCAUAGACACGUCCAGAAUCACAGUUGAGUUAUGCAAGUCUUUUGGUGACCCUUCAAAACCCAAAGCAUGGAGUAAGCACUCUCAGAAGGUCCCUGCCUCUGAAAAACAGACUGAGAAACCUGUGGCAAAUGCAGCUCCUGCAGGCACAAAGAAAGAUAAAAAGAAGAAAGAUCCAACAGAAAACUUAAAGGAGCUGGAAGAAGAUAAAACAUUCCAAGAGUUCUUGGUGGUUCACCAGAAGCGGUCUCAGGUGGCCACUUGGGCUAAUGACACUUUGGCAGAGGAGCCCAAGAAGGGAAAAGCAAAGUCAGCAGCUGAUUAUCUCAACUUUGAUUCGGAUGAAUCUGAGGAGCUGAGUGAGGAUGGGAGUGAACUCUCUGAAGAUGAGGAGGAAACAAAAGCAAAGAAAGGAGGCAAGAAGGCAGCUGCCAGCAAGGACCUCUCAGAUAUGGAUUACCUGAAAUCUAAGGUGGUGAAGGAUUCUUCCUCCUCAUCCAGUACAGAGGAAGAAACAGAUAGUGAGGAGGAUGAGGUGGAAGAGGAAAGUGAGAACGAGGGGGAUUCGGGCAUUGCGGAAACCAUCAGCACCCACACAGAUAAAAAGGGGAAGCCAAAAGCCCAACAGACACAGCAAGAGACACCAGUGGAGAAGAAGAGAAAAGGAUCCACACUAGAGAACCAAGGCAGCUCAACAGAAGCCAGCACACCAUACACAGUGAAACUGCGUGGUGCUCCCUUGAACAUCACUGAGCAAAAGAUUCGUGACUUCUUCUUGCCUCUGAAGCCCGUGGCAAUCCGGAUGGGAAAAACCACACAGGGGAAGAAUAAAGGUUACAUCUUUGUUGACUUGAAGAGCGAAGCAGAAGUGCGAAGGGCCUUGAAGCGAAAAGAAUACAUAGGUGGACGAUGCAUUGAGGUGCUCCGAUGCAGGAAUACCCCAAAAGAAACUGUUACAGCAAAACCUGAUAACCAGACAUGGCAAAGAAGGAAGAGAGACGAUGAGGAAGAAGAGGACUUGUCUGAAUCAGGGAGACUCUUUGUCAGGAAUCUUCCCUUUACUUGCACUGAGGAGGAUUUGGAGAAGAUCUUUUCCAAGUAUGGACCCCUCUCAGAAAUCCAUUUCCCUAUAGACAGACUGACCAAGAAACCCAAAGGCUUUGCUUUUGUCACCUACAUGAUUCCUGAGCAUGCAGUGAAGGCAUAUGCAGAAAUGGAUGGGCAAGUGUUCCAGGGUAGAAUGAUGCAUCUUUUACCAUCCACCAUCAGAAAGGAAAAACUCGAAGAUGUAGAUGCAGAAGAGUCUUCCUCCUACAAAAAGCAGAAAGAGGCAAAGGACAAAGCCAACAGUGCCAGCUCUCACAACUGGAACACGUUGUUUGUGGGAACAAAUGCCGUGGCUGAUGCCAUUGCUCAGAAGUACAAUGCUUCCAAAAGCCAAGUGCUGGAUCAUGAGAGUAAAGACAGCGUGGCAGUGAGGGUUGCUCUGGGAGAAACUGAACUGGUCCAGGAGAUUCGCCGGUUCCUCAUUGAAAACGGAGUCAGCCUGGAUUCCUUCAGCCAGGCUGCUGGUGAGCGCAGUAAGAGGGUGAUCCUGGUGAAGAACCUCCCAGCCGGCACGAGUGUGGUGGAGCUGGAGGAUGUCUUCGGCAAACACGGCAGCCUGGGCCGGGUGCUGCUGCCAGAAGGAGGAAUCACAGCCAUUGUGGAGUUCCUUGAGCCAACUGAGGCCAAGCAAGCAUUCACCAGGCUGGCCUACUCCAAGUUUCAUUCUGUACCAUUGUACCUGGAAUGGGCUCCAAUGGGUGUCUUCUUCAGCCCAGCCCCUCCAAAAAAACCCCUUGAGGCUCCAGAAAAGGAGAGCAAAGCAAGGCUGCUGCCUGAUGAAGCUGUAAAGGGCUCAGAGGAAACAGCAGCACAGGAAGAAGAGGAGGAGGAGGAAGAAGAAGAAAGCAUUCCUGGGUGUACCUUGUUCAUCAAAAACCUGAACUUUGCCACCACAGAAGACACACUGAAGGAGACAUUCUCCAAAGUGGGAGCUGUGAAGAGCUGCACGAUAUCCAAGAAGAAAGACAAAGCAGGCACUUUGCUUUCAAUGGGCUUUGGAUUUGUGGAGUACAAAAAGCCAGAGAGCGCCCAGAAAGCCCUGCGCCGGCUCCAGGGCUGCUCUGUAGAUGGCCAUAAACUGGAAGUGAAAAUCUCAGAGAGAGCUGUCAGGCCUGCAGUGAAAUCCUCCCGAAAGAAACAAACUGUCAAGAAGCAGAAGACUUCCAAGAUCUUGGUCCGAAACAUCCCAUUCCAGGCCACCGUCAGGGAAAUCAGGGAACUCUUCAGCACCUUUGGAGAGCUGAAGACUGUCCGGCUGCCCAAGAAAAUGGCAGGAACAGGAUCCCACCGGGGCUUUGGCUUUGUGGAUUUCCUCACCAAGCAGGAUGCCAAGAAAGCAUUCAACGCCCUGUGCCACAGCACACACUUGUAUGGCCGGAGGCUGGUCUUGGAGUGGGCAGACACAGAGGAGACAGUGGAGGCCCUGAGACGGAAAACAGCAGACCAUUUCCAUGACUCCCCAAAGAAGAGAAAACAGUCGGAGGUUUUGAAUGAAAUCCUGGAGCAUCUGGAAGAGGAGGAGAGCAACAAGGACGAGGCCAUGUAGCAGCUGCCUGGCACCUGGUGAGGUCUCUCGCUGAUGGAUGGAUGGAGAAGCCUCCACUGGAGACCCAGCAGCCAGCACACUUGUUGCCGGCAGCGUCCACUCCAAUGAACCCACGGGAUGAUUUAUGCCAUGUGUCCAGGUCUUGGUAUUCCCAGCCUUUUAAACAGACCUUGAAUUCAGAGCUGGCGGCUCCUGCCUGAGGAUCACUGCUUAAAUCAAAGCAGGGAUGUGACUCCCCUCAUCUCAGAAACCACCCAACAUGGGGCGAUGGACACAUUCCCUGCUGACCCCAGGGACUCUGGUGCAACCUGCUCUUAACAGCUCAAUUCAAUGAUAUUUCUGUACAUUAAAAACCUCGGGUGUAUUUUAAGUUUCCCAACCAGAGCCACA